GGGUGGCUUGUCCUGCCUCCUGGGGGCGCUCCCAGGGCCCCGGUUGGGAGGCGGGGUGGGGACCUGGAGGAUGCGCCGCGGGAGACCGCCGCCCGCAGCUGGCGGCCCUCUCCUGCAGGCCUUACCUCCCUCCUCCUGCAGACACCCUCCUUACCCUGGGGCUGUUCACCACUUGGAACCCUGCCCCUCUCCAGUCCGUGUCCAGGCCCGGCCCAGUCUCUCCCUGGCCCCUCUUGCCCUCCGGGCUCCCCCGCUGCCCGCCCUCUGUGGCACACAGCAGGCUCAGCCUCCACUCCUCUACCUGAGUCCCUCGUUCUCCAGGGCACCUGCUGGCCAGCAGCCUCUUUCCCGACCGGGGCCCUUGUGGUGCCGCAGGGCAUCCCAGCCACGCCCCUGGGCAUCUACUAAGGCUGCCACCCCCUGCCUGCCCCGCCUUUGCCCUGUCUCCCGGCGGGGUCAGGACGGGGUUUGCUUAGGGUCUGCCGCAGGGUGCCGUCUCUCUGGAGGGCCAGAGGCUCCCGUGGCUGCCGUGGCCUGUGGCUGGCACCUGUGCAGCAGUUGGGGGGUGGGGUGAGGAGGCUGGGGGCGGAGCCGCACCCCUCGGGGGCCCUCCCCAGGGUGCCUCAGGAGGGAGGCCCCACAGAGUUGGGUCCACCCCAGUGGGCCCUGGGAUAGCAUGUGUGGGGGGCAUCUGGUCCUGUCUCCUCCUGUGAGGUUGUCCAGAGGCCGGGGUAGGUGACAGUUCUCUGAAUCCCCAGGCAGCUGGCUGGAGGGGAAUUGGAGUUUCCGGGCGUGUUGCCUCCAGGGGCCAUGUGUGGGGUAGGGAGGGCUGGUCUGGGGGCUGCGCCGGGCCCACCUGGCAAGGUCCCAUCAGGCUGCCUGGCUGACCAAUGGCAGCCCUAUUUAUAGUCUCCGUCAGAAAACACCCCUGGCCGUGACAGCAGGGUGGCCUGCUUGCUCCUUGAGACCUGAUGCCUUGCCCAGGAGGGGCCCGGGUUGGGGCAGCCACGGCCAGGCCCAGUCAGUGCCUGCCUGCCAGGCCCAGACUUGCUGAGUUACGGCAGUCCUGGCCAAGGGCUGCAGCCUCAGGGGUUUCCCACAGCUGAUGGGCAAGGGGCCCAAGGAAGCCCCUCACCACCGAGUGCAGCUCCCGCCUGGCUCCCGAGGCCCCCUGUGCUGUCUCUUCCAUCAGAGGCCCUGGGCUGGCCCCCAGUGGCUGGCCCCUGCCCUGAGGGGACGGGGGCGGGAAGGAGGGGCCCAAGCAUCCGUGUCUAUCACCAGUGCCCAGAGGGUGUGCCCGAGAGGUCUCACUGCAACAGGCCCCGGGGCUCCUGCUCCUCUGCGUGGAUGCUCUCAGGGACAGCCAGGCGCUGUACUCUUCCUGGGGAGCAGUGACCCCCCUGCACCAGUCCUGGAGGGCAGCCGUAGCAGGCCAUCCCCGGCCUCCGCCCGCCCGGCCCACCCCGACAGUAGUGAGGGGCCCUCUGCGGGAGCUCGUGCCUCGCCAUGCUGCCUGAGGUCGGUGGGACCGGAGCGCGGCCUGGGCGUCUGUGCCAGCUGGGGCCCCUCCGGAGUCAGAGGUGCACCCGCAGGGCAUGGCCUGAGGGCCGAGUGCUGAGGAGCAGGUGCCCCUGGCCGUGAGCCACCCGCGGCCACACCUUCAGCUGGGUCCAGGGAGUCCCUGUGGCCGCAGCCCCCACUGUCCACGCCCAGCGGCACCUCUGACUCGGGAGCAGGAGGUCGCAUGGGCUGUUGUGUUUUCAGAGAUGCUACUGGAACGCCAACUCCACUCCACGUCUACGAAGGAUCCCACAGUGGGCCUUCUCUGCCCAUCUGGGGAGCCACACGGUGUGAGCGGGUCGCUCAGGGCUUCCUGCCCUGGGGUUUGUGGCCCAUUUGGAAUUAAAUUCCAGAAAUGGGAAGGUGACGUACCUGCUCCUGCCUGUGCGCGGCACUUCCCACAGGGGAACAUGGCUCCCUCCGUGUCUCUUUUGACGGAAACGUGCUUUCCUCCUCAGGAGCUGCGACACAGGUCCCCGGGUAGGGGCAGCUCGCUCAGAGAGGCUGUUUCAGGUGGUCCCGAAGAGGGCGUGGCCGCCCACCAGGCUCUGGCCCAGGUGCACCCUCGCUGCAUGCAGUCGUGCGGAGCCAGCCUCUCCGCCAAGCCCUCGAGGGCUCUAUCUGCCUCCUGCGCUGGGGUAGGAUGGAGCCCCUGCCAUCCUGGAGUCAGUGGGUGCCAAGAACCAGCCCCUCCUGGGGCACACUGCUGGGGUACCAGCAGCGCCUCCCCCCCAGAUGGAGGCAGAGGCAGGUGGGCCAGGCUGGCAGUAUCCAUGGCUGUCCGAGCUUGUGCAGCCAGGAAGGCUGGCAGGUGCAGCUUCCUGUAAGACCUGGCUGCCACCACACACCCCGGGCUCAGAAGCAUGUCACCUCUGCAGCCACGGAGGCUGUGGAGCCCUGUCUCUCCCCGCUCUGGUCUCCCUAAGCCCCGGUGGUAACCUGCCCCUGCUGUCAAGGCUGGUCCUCUGAGCAGCUCGCGAGCCCUGGCAUCCAGGACUGAGCAGGGGACAAGGACUCAGCUCCUCGGGUCCCGCAGGAGACCA